CGGUCAGCAACACUUUUGGCGAAAGAAACUGGGCAUUUCAGUUCAUGAUGUUCAUAUACUUUUUCUUUACAACUAUCUUGCUGCUCAACGUCCUCAUUGCAUUGAUGAAUGUGGCCUUCAAUGUCGGUGAUGAAACGUGGCGAUUGGUUUGGACAGAGAACAGACUGAGAUAUGUGGAAAGUGCAGAGAACCUGCUAUAUCAUGAUCCAGCUUUUCUGGAUUAUUUUCAGGUACGGAGUUUGUUUCCAGAGCGGAUCUAUUACAUGGCAACGCCACAAGAACAAAAAGACUUUUAUGCCAAGGCCGGUGACAUAAUCAAAGAAGAGACAGGAGGAGUCGUAAACCAAGCACAGACUAACGAAGGUGAUAAGAAAGUUGAAGCAAGUCAAGUGCUACAGCUCCAAGGAAAGCAGUGUCAGGAACAGAAGGAGAUUAUUUCGGACCUUCGUGGAGAACUUAUUAAGCUAUUGACCCAUAUGAGUGAGAUGCAACAGCAAAUGAUGGAUCAGCAGAGGAGGUUUGACGAGCGUAUGGAGGAACAACGAGCACAGCUGUGUGUCGUGCAAGAACAUAUCCAUAAUUUUGCAUCUCGCCGAGACGAUAAGCCAUAGAUUUAUUAUUGAUUAUACCACUCAUAUUUCAUUACUACAACAGAG